AUGGGGCAACUAAGGGAGGGAGUCGAAACUGACGGGAAGCUUAAUCGCGGCUCAACAUACCGUAUUGUGAAGAGAAGAUACCGUUACAGUUUACAGCUUCUCCCAAAGCGGAGGCUAAAUGGCAGACCUCCGCCGGCGGCAGUUGGACCCAUCUUGCCUGUCACACCACCUCAAAUCGCUCCAUCGUUAAGGAAAAAUGUCGCUAAUGACAGGUGGGGUUAUCCAGGCAGGCUUCGGGUGGCUGAGUUGUUCUUCGAUGUCCCCCUCAAUUACAGCAAGCCUAAUGAGGGCACUUUGAGGCUGUUUGCCCGGAGUGUACGUCGCCUGGUAACGCCAGCUGAGCCAAGUGAGACCCCCAAGGACGACAAGCAGCUGCCGUUCCUGGUGUACUUGCAGGGUGGCCCUGGAAUGGGAUGCCGCCCCCCGCAAGAGUAUGGCUGGAUUGGAACAGUCCUCGAAAAGGGAUACCAGGUCUUGUUCCUUGACCAACGUGGCACUGGCCUCAGUUCAACCGUCACAGCGGGCACGCUUGCUCGGCAAGGCAAUGCCAUCAAACAAGCAGAGUACAUGAAGAACUUCCGCGCAGACAACAUUGUGCGCGACUGCGAAGCCGUUCGUCGUUGUCUUAUGACCGAUUACCCCGAGGACAAGCGGAAAUGGAGUAUCAUCGGCCAGAGUUUUGGCGGUUUCUGUGCCGUGACUUAUCUUUCCAUGUUCCCGGAAGGUCUCGCUGAGGCUUUUAUCUGCGGUGGACUUCCUCCACUCGUUGAUAACCCCGACCCUGUGUAUGCACGUACAUACGAAAAGGUCCUCGAAAGGAACAAGGCCUACUACGCCAAGUUCCCCGAAGACGUCGAACGAGUCAAACAAAUCAUCCAAUACCUGAAAGACAACGAAGUUGCUCUACCAACAGGAACACUAACCCCGGAGCGAUUCCAACAAAUGGGGAUCCUGUUUGGCAUGCACGGUGGUCUUGACAGCAUCCAUGAUCUCGUGCUACGUGCCUGGAACGACCUGGACGUCUUCGGCUUCCUCACCCACCCCACACUCACCUCUAUCGACAGUUUCGGCGGCAUGGACAACAACAUCAUCUAUGCUAUCCUGCACGAAGCUAUCUACUGCCAAGGCAAACCCUCCAACUGGUCCGCAGAUAGAUUGCGCGCCUCUAACCCGGACUUCCAAAUCGACUCCAACAAGUCCGAAAUCCUCUUCACGGGCGAAAUGGUCUACAAAGACAUGUUCGACUCCUAUACCGAACUUAGCCAGAUUCGUGACGCGGCAGACAUCCUCGCCUCGACGGAUGACUGGCCGGCGCUUUAUGACGAAGCCCAGCUGGCACGGAACGAGGUUCCUGUUUACGCGGCCACAUACAUAGACGAUAUGUAUGUCCACUUUGAUCAUGCGCAGAACACCGCGGCCAAGAUCAAGGGCGCUAAGCAGUUCAUUACGAAUGUCAUGUAUCAUAAUGCGAUUCGGAGCAAGUCGGAUGAGCUUAUUCAGCAGCUGUUUGCUCUGAGAGAGGAUACCAUCGAUUAG